AAAAAGUUGUUGAUCACAACUAUUAUUUUGCGAUCGAUCAAUGAUAUCAUUUACCUAAUGCAUAUUAUAUUGCAAUUUUGUACUGGUUUUUAUAGAUGAGAACCUUCGCAAAGUUGGAAAAAAUGUGUUGAAUACAAAUGCUAUGGCAAUAGCUAGAAGGUACUUGAGGUCAUACUUCGUAUUCGACAUUCUAGUUAUUCUUCCAAUACCACAGGUGGCAAUUUCAAGGAUUCUUUCAGAAAUGACAGUGAUGAGAUCUUCAAAUAAAAUGGUAAUGUUGAACUGCGCUGUUCUCUUCUCAUAUGUGCCAAUAAUUCUCCAAAUAUUCCGAUCCUGGAAGGAACUUAUAAGAAGUGACGAGAAAUUUGAAGAAAACAUAUGGAUUAAAGCUGCGUUAAAUUUCUUUCUGUAUCUCCUUGCUGGUCACGUAUUGGGAGCCUUCUGGUAUUUUUUCUCUUUUCAACGAAUGAUGAUUUGCUGGCGUUUAUCAUGUCAAAGUCAGAUUGCAUGUGAUCGAAAAUCUUUUGCCUGUGACAACAGUAGAAGAUAUUUCUCAUUUGAUAAUCGUGUCUGCCAAAUAAGUACACCAGAUACACAAUUUGAUUUUGGAAUAUAUUCAGAAGCCAUUGAAUUUGGUGUGGUGUCCGAGCAGGGUCUUGAAAAAAUAUUUUAUGGUUUCUGGUGGGGCAUGCAAAAUCUGAGUUUGCUUGGUCAAAACCUCAAGACAAGUAUAUAUGUAUGGGAUAACUUCUUUUCGGUUUAUAUUUCUGUCACGCGCUUGUUCCUGCUUUUAUAUUUUGUGGGAAAUUUGCAGUUGGUAAUUACAAGAUCAGAAGAGUUACGCAGGAAGAUGAAAUCAGAAAAACGAAAAAAACAGAAAGAAAAAAUAGAAUUGUGGAGUUCCAAACACGAUCUUCCUAGUGAUUUGAGAGGCCUGAUUAUGGACAACAUGAUUCAGAAAUUCAAAGAAGACGAAGAUGUUUACUUGGAGAACCUUCUUCCUAAUCUUCCUGGGGAACUUCAAAAUAAUGUAAAACAGCAUAUCUGCUUAAAGCUACUAGAAAAUGUAGAAGUGCUUCGGGGUACGGAUGAACAAAUGUUGCUUAAGAUGUGCCACACUCUCACACCAGUCUUCUACCAGGAGCACAGCUAUGUUAUUCGGGAGGGAGACCCAAUUGAUACAAUAUUCUUCAUUACAAACGGCAUUGCAUGGACCUAUACAACCGGUAAUAAUGGUAGAGGAGUUUUGCCCACACAUGCUGAGCGUCUUGUAGAAGGUCAGUUCUUUGGAGGAGAACUUCUAGAAUGGCUUCGGAAAUCUACCUCCACCUCCAGGAAUAACCUAUCCAAACUCCCCAUUUCAUCAAAAACGCUGAAAACCCACACAAAAGUGGAAGCCUUUGCUCUAAUGGCAGACGACUUGUCGAAGAUAUGGUCUUACAAGUUAUCGCGAGACUUAGAGCCAUUACAAUUCGAGGCAGCUUCUAUUAUACAACGAGCAUGGCGUGUGCGUAGAUCCAAGAUGGGUGAUACCAUUGGUGCUUCAGGACAAAUUCAGUCAAGCAGGGCAUGACAUUGUUAUUGCAAAAGCAAUAGUUUGUUUUGAUGUCUUUUGUAUUAAGUUUAGUUUUCUAGUGAUUAGAGUUGCUACUUGUUUGGAUUCUCAAUGUUAAUGGUAGAAUUAGGGAAAGACUAAUGUCUGAAAUAAUAAAUUGUUUGGGGUAAUAUGUUUGUAUUUUGACAUGACAUGUAAUCACCGCUAUGUCUCACAUUCUCAAUACCCUUUUUUUUUUUUUU